AUGUUGGCAACGUUGCUGCGAAGAUGUAAUUGUCUAUGUAACCUCCAAAUUAAAAUAUAUCAAAUUAAAAAUGACCAAUUAUUUUGCAACAACUUUCUCAAUUCUAAUAUCAAAGGAAAUUUUGUUACAACGUGUAUAAAAGAAAAUUCAAAGAAGGUAUCGCCCGACGAUAGUGCCAUCUGCAUCGACAAACCACUCGAAUGGCCGACCGGGAAAAGAGCUCAUUUUAAAUUUCACGAAGAAACUGAAGCUGCUAUGAAUAAACAAAUAAAUGCCGAAUUUAAAGCUUUUUAUUAUUAUUUAUCUUUGGCGGCAUAUUUUGGGCGCGUAGAUGUUGCAUUGCCAGGUUGCGAGUCAUAUUUCAUGCAAAUGCAUCAAGAAGAGCAUGAGCAUGCUUUAAGAUUCGUCGAUUAUGUUAAAAUGCGCGGUGGUCAAGUAAUAUUAUGUCCGAUUUUACCACCAGUUGAUCCAGAUUGGAAGUGCCCUCUUCAUGCCUUUAAAACUGCAUUGGGACUCGAGAUAGAAAUCAGCGAACAAUUGGUUGAUGUCAAUACGAUAGCUGAAAAACAUGGUGACUUGAACGCAAGUGAUUUCAUUAUCACAGGUUUUAUGGAAAAUCAAAUGAAAAGCGUCAAUGAAAUGGCGAGAUUCGUAACGGUUUUAUCAGGCAUAGGCGAUCAAGCACUGGCACGUUUUGUUUUCGAUAAGGAUUUACUCGAUAAUCACGUAUCAUCGGAAUUUAAUGUUAUUAAAAAAAAAUUACGUUUUAAGAUAAAUGAAAAAGUAAAUGGAUAAAAUCGUUUAUCCUUUGUGAUAUUCUUUUUUUAAAUUGUAUAUAUGAAUGCGUGU